AUGCUCCUUGGACAUCCAAUUGAGGUCCAAGCUGGAGAAAUGUAUACACGCAAUAUGUUUGAUGUGUUCCAAACCGAAUUCAAAGGAUUUGGUACAGAGUUUUGUGAAGAAUUGAGAAAAGAUGGGGACAUUGUUGAAUACAAGGUCUGUAAGUUUACAGAUAGAGGAAAUUGGGAGGUGGUCACUUAUGAACAAUCUAGUCAGAUGCAGUUCCGUUGCACUUGUGCUUUGUUUGAAACUAAUGGUGUUGUAUGUAGACAUAUAUUAUCGCUAAUGAUGGCUAGGCAAAUGGAUUCAUUACCCGACCAUUACAUCCUACACCGUUGGACUAUACAUGCUCGACAUUGUAACAUUGGGGUUGGCAACAUUAUAUAUGGAAGAAACAUCAUAAGCUGUGAAGAGAAGAUUAACUUAUUGAAAACUUGGGCUUUAAGAGCAAAAUUCAACAAUGCGCUCGAACUUGCAUUUAUUUCAGAAGAGAAGAUGCAAAAUCUAGAUGAUGUGCUGACAAAAUUUAUAGAACAACUGCUAGAAGAAGUUGGAGCACAUUCCUCAAAUCAAGAUCAAAAGGUGGAUACUCCUCAAAUUUCUGCACACGUCUCACAUACAAUGGAGCACAUUCCUCAGAUUACAAUUCGUGAUCCUGAUAGAGCUGCAAGGGCUAAAGGUCGUCCACGUAAUGCAACUAGAAUCCAGUCAGGUUUAGAACAAGCACAAGAAAAGAAAGAAAGGAAGAAACGUAUAUGUAGCAGAUGUGGUGAACUCGGGCAUUAUAGAACUAGCUGUAAAGUCAACUUGCCAAUGUACAGUUAA